GUCGGGAACCAGACCAAGGGAAGCCUGCACUUCAACACCGCACGCGAGCAUGACAGGUGCCCGCACGCGCGUGUACAUUCUUAGGGAGUUGCAAAAGGGGGGCAUAGCCUUGAAGGGUUCCCUCCCUGUCUAUGUGCGGGAGGUUGUUAAGGAGGGUGAGCUCGAUUUCGAGCAUCCCCUCAACUGGAGAUUGCCUGGCGGUGUAGCACGACAGCUCCCCCUGGUCCCUGCGCGUGAUUUGGCACAGGGACGAGGGCGGGCAGACCGAGAAGUUCCGGCACCGGUGGUACGACAGGACGGAGCGCGCCCCUUCGAAGGAGCGGGCGCCUCUAGAGCAGCGAGCCCGUCCAGUGGAGGGGGAGAGGGAGCAGGAGAGGGCCCGUCAGGGGUAGAGGGAGUAGGAGAGGGCUCGCAUGGGGGAGGGGAUGAGUGGGACGAGACAGAGCGUGUAGAGCAUGCAAGGGCGAGACGGUUUGAUCCAGUGGGGAAGAGGCCGCAUGGUGCUUCAGAUUUGCAGCCAGGGAGGAGACGGUGUGUGCCUGAGGGGGCUGAUGGCGGUCCGCGGGACGAGUCGCACUGGUGGAGGGAGAGUAUGCUCCAGCGAGCGAGAGAUAAGGGCAUACCUGUCCUUGCCGACCUCGAGGACGGGCUGGCGGCUGACCCUGCGGAGCGUAGACAGGCUCGGCACCGAGUGCCCAGAGUGACCCAAACUCGUCUCGAUGGUUGGGUCGAGCACCCCAUCCAGUACGACCUCGACAUGGCGUACAUCAGAUUCUUCGUGGGUUGUGGUAUCCCGUUCAACGUCGCUAGAUCGGAGUGGUAUUUGGCUUUACACGACGUCUACCUCAGCCAGUUCAGGGGUCCGUACCGACCUCACCAGCCGGGGUCUGAGUUACUGCGCACGACUUUGUUGUCCCUGUUGUACGCGGAGCUCGAUGAGCGCUUGCGGUAUCACCGAGAGUCGUGGUCUGAGGGGGUCACUUUCAUGACGGACAGCUGGUCGACUAAGGCCAACCGCCCUCUCUGCAACUACUUGGUUGCAGGGAGGUUGGGUGCAUGCUUGUACCGUGUUGAGGAUAUGUUUGGUAGGGAGCGGACCGGAGCAGGUUUAUACCUCAGAUGGAGGGAGCUCAUCCUGGAGAUCGGCGCUCAGCAUGUGGUAGCGAUAUGUACGGACAACGCGUUGGCCAACAAGGAGGCUUACCGUUUGCUCCGUAAUGACCAGGAUCUUUCAUUGCGAAAGAUCACUUGGAUCCCUUGCGCAGCCCACUGCUGCAAUUUGAUGCUCACGCACAUCGUUAGACAGCAGUGGGUAGCGCAGGUCAUCGCAGAGGGGCGAGAUAUUACUUUGUUUUUUUGGCGGCACUCACGGAUUGCGUACCUCCUGAGUCAGCAGUCUCCACCUGUGUCCUUGAUCCGCCCGAGCGAGACAUGGUACGGGACCAACUUCAUCAUGUUGAGGCGCAUGCAUUUUUUGAUGGUUGUGUUAGCACCAGUGCCUGGGCGACGACCGCGUGGCUCCCCGCAUUGUGGGACGUUGCACGUAGGUGCUUUGACCUUCUCCGCGAUCCGCCGUGGUGGCAGCACGUGGAGCUUGUUGCCACCAUUAUGGGGCCCAUUUACGAGCUCCUUCAGCAGGUUGAUUCUGACGGGCGCAGGGUCGGCGACGUGUGGGGUCUACUGGACAGGCUGCGGAUCACGGUCGAUCAACUGUCUCUUAACAAGGCUUGUCACGAGCCCAUCAAGAAGAUAGUCAAGGAGAGGUCAGAUAUGCUCCUCACCCCGAUUCAUUGCGCUGCACACCUGUUGCACCCCAAGU